AAUAUGCCCUUUAAUAAUAAUAAAAAAUCGAUAUUCUCUUGCAGUUGGGCAGGUAGGUAAUAAACCCCAAAAGAUGGAGGACGAAAAGGAGAGCAACCGCCAGUACUCGCCGGCGGCGGGUGGUAGUGGUUCCGGAAGUGGCGUCGAUGAGUCGGAGCUUAUUGCGGCUGAGUCGGAGCUUUGUGGCGCUGAUGGCGGUGGUGAUGAUGGUAAUACCAGAGUGAAAGGCCCGUGGUCGCCGGAGGAAGACGCCGUGUUGAGUCGGCUGGUGACGAAGUUCGGGGCAAGGAAUUGGAGUUUGAUCGCGCGAGGAAUUCCGGGUCGGUCGGGGAAAUCGUGCCGGCUUCGUUGGUGCAACCAGCUCGACCCUUGCCUCAAGCGCAAGCCUUUCACCGAUGAAGAGGACCGAAUUAUAAUUUCAGCUCAUGCGAUCCACGGCAACAAAUGGGCUUCAAUAGCAAAACUCUUGCCCGGUAGAACUGAUAAUGCAAUUAAGAACCAUUGGAAUUCUACCUUAAGACGUCGAUGCAUGGAACAGCGUAGAUUUAAACCCGGGCCGGCUGAUAUGAUGGAAGAUGGCAGCCUUGAGAGAUCAAAAGCUUCCUCGGGGGAAACACUGUCGGCUGGAGAUAUAAACCACUUCAGGCCUCAAGAAGGAAGAGAUGUAGUGAUGGGCGAUAGACCGAACUUUCAAGAAGACAAACCACCGAUACAAGAGGAUCAAACUGCCGUUGAACCAAAGGACCAUCCUACCGUUUGUCGUCCAGUUGCCCAUGUUAGUGCAUUCAGCCGAUAUAAUGCUCCUAGAAGUUCUAAAACGGAGUCCGGAAUGAUGAAUAGAAUCCCAAUGCAAGGGCCUCUAGCUCAAUCAUCCAGGGCAGACUGGGGAGUCGGGAAAAUCCUAGAAGAUCUUCGCUGUGAACCAGUCAUUCCCUUGCGAUGCGGAUUCGGUUGCUGCUCAACUCCAUGUGGGGGUCAUUCUCAGAGUUCGUUGUUGGGGCCAGAGUUCCUCGACUACGAGGAGCCCCCCGCUUUUUCGAGCCACGAACUAAUCUCCAUAGCAACUGAUUUAAACAACAUUGCAUGGAUAAAGAGCGGUCUCGAGAACAAUUACGGUAGGAUACCGAGCAAUGCUGCGGGCCAGAGAAUGUCUCAAGGAGCUACUCCAUGCAUGCAAAUAGGGAUAUCGGACACCGUGCGCUUCAAUGUCGGACCAAGCAGGUUAACAGGCAUGUCGAAGGAAGUUAUGCCGACGGAGAUGGCUAAACAAAUGUGUACGACGCGAUCUGAGGUGGAGGGUUUGAACUAAAGAUAUGAUUCUAUAUAGAAAGAGUGAUCAUAUUGUUAGAUUUUUUUUAAUGUUUUUUCAUGUUG